AACUAAUUAAGUUUUACCCAGAUUAAUUUUGUUUUUAUGCAAGAAAUUUCUUAAUUCUACAAUUUCGAAAGAAGCAAUUAACUAACUUUGGUGCACAUUCACUUAUGCCUUUAAUCUGAAAUAAUUCAGCAAAGCUUUCUCGUGUAUUUUAGUAUACAGAGAAAUAAGGCGCAAAUUACUUCUCUUUUUUAUUGUGGAUUUAUUCUGUUGACUAUUCGAUCUUAACACAAAAAAAAGUUGAACACAAGAAAACACCAUCAUUUGUACAGUGAGAAAUUAAUUGUCUGAAUUCAUUGUCAACUAACUAUUCAAGUGAACCAAUAAAAAAUAUUAAAUAUGCCUCCGGGAAUUCAACCAAAAUUUAUAGAUAAACCGAAGAUUAAACAAUCUGGCAAAAAUGUUAUAUUUGAAGUAGUAGCUGAAGCAGAUCCAGCACCAGAAAUACAGUGGACAAAGGCUGGAAAUGAAAUUAAAAAUUCUUCACGUUACAAAACAAAUUGCCGUACACUUGGUAAACAACAUACAUUAACAUUGGAAAUUAACCAAGUGACAGCUGACGAUGGUGGGGAAUACUUGGUAACAGCCAAAAAUAGAUUUGGUGAUUCGACAGCAACAAUAAAUUUGAACAUUGGAUCAGCGAAAUCUACACCAACUAAAGCGCCAAAAUUUCUUGAGAAACCAGUAAUUCGUAUGGAUAAAUCUAAAGGUGAAGUAAUUCUUUCAUGCAGAUUAGAAGCGAAACCAGCGGCCACAUUGACAUGGUAUUUGAAUGAUCAAGAAAUAAAUGAAAUACCAGGGAAACGUACAUGGGAAGUAUCAGAACAACCUGAUGAUGUUUAUAUCAUUGAAAUACACAUCGUAUCACCGAAACCAGAUGAUGGUGGUAUGUAUAAAAUUCAUGCAAAAAAUUCAGCCGGAGAAAGUAAUGCCAAUAUCAAUUUAAAUCUACAAGCUAAUCAGAAACAAGCAGGAAAAGGACCAGUAUUUGAAAAACCAAAAAUAUAUCAGAUUAAUCAAGGACGUGAUGUGGUUUUAGAAUGUCGUUGUAAUGCAGAUCCUGCUCCUACCUUUACCUGGUAUCAAAAUACAAAAGAACUUAAAGCAAGACAAGGUAGAUAUGAAAUGGAAGAGAGUAAAGACGGUGCAGUAUUUGUAAAAACAUUAAAGAUAGUCAAUUUUAUGAAUGCAGAUGCCGGCACAUAUAAAUUAACCGCCAAAAAUAGUUCAGGCGAUGCAACUGCAGUUAUGGAGGUGAAAAUGCCCAAGAUUGUUGGAAUGCCGAAUAUUCGUUUCGAAGAUAACAAUCAACGUGCUAUUCUUGAAGUCCGUGUCGACUCUGGAAACUCUCCAGAAGCAAAAUGGUCACAAUCAGGAAAAAGUAUUAAAAUGGAGGGACUCUAUAACUCGGAAUGUACAAUGGAAGGCAGAAAUUACGUAAUCACUCUCACAAUUAAUGAUCUAACCGAAAAGGACUCCGGACUCUAUGAAUGUGAAAUUUUCAAUGGUAUUGGUAAAGUACAACAGUCAAUUACAGUCAAAGUACCACCCAAGGAUCCUAAAGUCAAACUUCCACAAAUUGUAGGAUACCUGAACAGCCAGACUGCUGAAUUAGGACGAACAUUUAUAAUGACAGUGGAUUAUUCAGUUGGUUCUGUUACUCCACAAGCUAAAGUACUUAAAAAUGGAAAUGAUUUAACACUUGACAAACGAUGUACUGUUCGAGUAGAUUCUACUAAAAAUUCAGUGAUAAUCACAAUAAAAAAUGUACAAAAUGAUGAUAAAAGUACAUAUACUCUUCAACUGCUAGCAAAUGGUAAUGUUUGUGAUAAAGGAAAUUUCGAUUUAACAGUUAUUCAAGUAAAUGAUGAGGCGAAUGAAGAGGUUGAUGAAGUUGGUGAAUUGCAUGUACCUUCAAACAAGGGAAGUCGACGCUCGUCAACUGUUAAAAAGGAAGAAGAAUAUCUUAAUCGUCGCUCCUCCCAGGAGAAACCAGGUCUUCUAGAUCCCAAAGCUCUAGAACAAUCGCUUCAGGCUAGACGUGAUUCAAUGACCAAUCGAAGAACUUCACUAGCUGACGCGAUUCCUGGAUUUGCUGGAUUAAAACAUCGGGAGACACCGAAAGUUGAAAAAGAAUAUUUUGUUGAAGAAUUACAAGAUGUAAAAAUUAAAGAGGGUAGUUUAAAAGCAUUGCUCAAGUGUACUUUUUGCAAAUCGACAUCGAAAUUUCGUUGGUAUAAAAACAAGUUGGAAAUAUUUCAAGGUCCGAAAUAUAACUUUUUACAAGAAGGCAAUGAAUUCGCUUUAGAAAUCAAAAAGAUUGCUAUGGAAGAUGUUGGCAAAUAUACUUGUAAAUGUAAUGAUAUUUCAACAACUUGUACAAUACUAGUUGAAGAGAAGAAGCAUACUUAUCAUUUUAAUCAAAAACUUCCAAAAACAGCUGAAGUUGUGCGAGGUAAAGAUUUAACAGUUGAAUGUUCCGUCUCUGAUCCAAGAGCAGCUGUUGCAUGGUAUCAUAAAGGUGAAAAAGUUGAAUAUGUUGCUGGUAAAAUUGAAAUCAAACGUCGUGAAAAUCGUUGCAUCCUUCGCAUUGUACGGGCCAGACCUGAACAAGAAGGUGAAUACUGUUGUAUUGUAGAAGGCGAUGAAACAUACAUGGAUAUUGCAGUUGAAGAUCCUGACUGGUCUUUCACACGAGAACUUAAACCACAACAAGCAUUAGAAAAUGAUGAAGUGGUAACAUUUGAAUGUGAAGUAUCCGAUCGUGACGCUGAAGUUACUUGGUUUAAAAAUGGAGAGCCGAUCACAGCCAGUGAUAAAUAUGAAAUAUUAGUUGAAAAGAAAGUGAAACGUAUUUUAAAAGUGAAGAAAGUGACCAUGGACGAUGAUGCAGAGUACACUUGUAAAGUUGCCAAGAAGACAACUACUGCAAGGUGCACAGUGAAACCCGAUGUUGAAUUCAGACAAAAUCUUAUCGAUACUAAAGGCAUUGAAACUAAACAUAAAGAAUUAGAAUGUCGUGCAUUUAAUCCUAAAAAAUAUCCAGUUAGUUGGUUUAAAGAUGGCGUACCCAUUGAAUUUAAUGAUCGUAUCUCUACAACAGAAGUUGAAGGUUCUUUAUACUUAAUAUUUCAAUAUUUGGAAAUGGAUGACACAGGAUACUAUAGUUGUAAAAUUGGUAAUCAUGAAACCAAAGGACAUUUAGAGGUACAAGAGUGUGAAAAGCCGCCAACCGUUGAUCUUACGAAUUUCAAGAAUCAAGCCACUCUAAAGAAAGGCAGUAAUUUCAUGGCAGCAGUUCCAUUUAAAGGUUUUCCUGUUCCACAAGUUGUUCUCAUGUGUAAUGGAGAACCUGUGAAUGAAGGAAUCAAGUUGAAACCUGUUGUUAAAGGCAAUAUUGUUGAAUUACAGCUAGAUGAUGCUGCUAGAGCUGACACUGGAAAAUAUGAAUUGAAACUGAAAAAUGAACUUGGUGAAGCUUCAAUACCACUUGAACUUAAUGUCCUUGAUCGUCCCAGCAAACCACGUGGUCCAUUAUUAUUGACUAGCUUAGCAGCCAAAAAGUGUGUACUUGAAUGGGAUCCACCUGAAGAUGAUGGUGGCUCACCAAUAAAACAUUAUGUCGUUGAAAAAAUGGAUGUUGCUGACGGUAAUUGGAAGUUGGUUAAAAAUGCUAAAACACCUCAAUGUGAUGUUGACCUGGAAGAAGGUCACAAAUAUAAAUUUCGUGUACGUGCUGUUAACAACGAAGGUGAAAGCGACAAUUUGGAUGCUGAAAAGGAGGUGCUAGCGCGUGAUGUUUGUGAUCCACCGGAUGCACCGACUGGAUUAGAGAUUGAAGAUUAUGAUCGUGAUCACGCAAAGUUGAAAUGGCUUCCACCGAGACGUGACAAUGGUGCACCUGUGACAAAAUAUAUAAUUGAAGCUAAAACAAAGAGUAAAAAUAGAUGGGAAACAGUAAAAGAGGUUUCUGAUCCAGCAGCCAAAGUCGAUUUAAAAGAAGGUGAAGAAUAUGAAUUCCGUGUAACUGCAGUCAAUAAAGCCGGUAAAUCGGAACCAAGUGAAGUCAGCAAACCACUCAUAGCCAAACCACGUUUCUUGAAACCAUUCAUAAUUAAAACUGGCUUAAAACCAAUAAAAGUCAAAGUUGGUGAAGUUGUUCAAUUAAAGCUUGAUUUUCGAGGUGAACCAGAUCCUGUAGCUGUCUGGUCUAAAGAAUCAACUCCGCUUGAGUCAACACCGGAAAUUGAAUUAGUCUUUGAGCCACGAACAGCACAUCUUAAAAUUGUAUCAGCUCAACGUAAGGAUACUGCUUUGUAUACUUUGCGAGUUAGUAAUGAAGUUGGCGAGGAUCAAGCAAGCAUUGAAGUUGUUGCACUUGGUAAACCAUCUCGUCCAGUUGCACCAUUGGAAAUUACAGAAGUUACUAAAAAUUCUGCUCAGUUGAGCUGGAAGAAACCAGAGGAUGAUGGCGGUACACCGAUCACGCACUAUAAAGUAGAAAAAAUGAAUAUUAAUAAAGGUCGAUGGGAACCGGUAGCUGAAGUAACUAAAGGAUUAACAGCAACUGUGAAUAAAUUAGAAGAAGGUCAACCAUAUAAAUUCCGUGUAAUUGCUGUUUCAAGUCAAGGAGAAAGUGAACCGCUAGAAUGUGAAACUGAAAUAAUCGCUAAAAAUCCAUUCGAAAGACCUGGUCCACCAGAGAAACCAGAGAUUGCUGACUAUGACCGCACUCACAUAGAUAUCAAAUGGGAACCACCUGAAGAUGAUGGCGGUGCACCUAUAAAGGGUUAUCACGUUGAGCGUAGAGAGCCGAAAUCACAACGUUGGAUGCGUCUGACACGUGUUCCUCAACAAGAACUUACAUAUUCUGAUUCUGGAGUUCGUGAGGGAAAGGAAUACGAAUAUCGUGUGAUUGCAGUGAACGAGGGUGGCUUAAGUGAUCCAAGUCCUCCAACUGAUUUACAAUCCGCUAAAGCCAGUAGAGAACCUCCGAAAUUAAAACUAACCGAGUUACCGUUAGGAAUAAAACAAGAAAUACGACUAAGAGCAGGUGAACCGUUACACAUGCCAAUUCCAAUUACUGGUGCGCCUACACCAACAGUAACAUGGUCUAAAGACAAUAAACCAUUACCAACUCGUUGUCAACUUCAAAGUUCUGAAGAACAAACAUGUUUGGAUGUGCCCAAAUCAGUACGUGAUGAUUCAGGUCUCUAUAAAAUUCAUUUGGCCAAUGAAUAUGGUCAAGAUGAAGCAGUUGUUAAAGUUGUUGUAAUGGAUAAACCUUCACCACCAACAGACGUAGAAGCGAUUGAUGUAUAUGCUGAGUCAUGUAAGAUCACUUGGAAACCACCAGUAGAUGAUGGAGGCACACCAAUAACAGAUUAUCUAGUUGAACGAUGUGAUGAGACUGGUAUUUGGGAGCGUGUUUCAGGACUGGUUACAGAUAAUUCAAUAAAUGUCAAGAAUUUGACUAAAGGAAAAUCUUAUCGUUUCCGUGUAUUUGCUGUAAAUAUGAUAGGGAAUAGUGAACCAGGCGAGACGAAAACUGCGAUACUUGCAAAAAAUCCUUAUGAUCCUCCUGGUGCACCUGAGAAUUUGAAUAUUGAUGAAUUCGAUAAACGUUCAGUGAAAUUAUCUUGGAAGCCACCAAAAGAUGAUGGUGGCAAUCCAAUUAAAGGUUACCUCAUUGAAAAAAGACUACCUCUAGGGGAAUGGCGUAAAGCGACCGGAUCACUUGUCCCAGGCACAGAAGCAACAGUUACUGGAAUAGAAGAGGGUCAAACCUACGAGUUUCGUGUUAGUGCUGUUAACGAUGCUGGACCCGGAAAACCUUCUAAAGCAACUGCACCACAUCUAGUCAGAGAUCCAGUUUAUCCACCAGGAGCACCUGAAGGUUUGAAUGUAGAAAAGAUUAAUAAAAAUGGUGUCAAACUUUCUUGGAACAAACCACGACGUGAUGGUGGUGCACCAAUCACUGGUUAUGUUGUAGAAAAGAGAGGUGAUGAUGAUCAGUGGAUUCCCGUUCAAAAUACAACUAAUCCAUGUGCAUUUAUCCCCAUGAAGGAAGGUGAAACAGGACAAUUUAGAGUCAGAGCAAUUAAUGCUGAAGGACCAGGUGAGCCAACAAAACCAACAGCUGUAAUCACUGCUGUGGAUCCACCUGAACCUCCUCGAAUUUGUACACCUGAAGAAGGAGUUGUAGGUCCUGGCUCAGGAGUAGGUGGCCUAAAAGAUAUUACACUCAAAGCUGGUCAAGAGUUGCUUUUGGCUGCCGCUUGGUUUGGGAAUCCCAAACCUAUUCCCACAUGGACACUGAAUGAGAAAGUUAUCAAACCAGAUGGCAAACUUAUUCAAAUUUCCGAUGAACCGCCACCACCGCCUGCCAACCCUGGUCCUGGUGGAGCAUUAGAGCAACCUGCUGGUGGAACAGCUGUUCUACGAAUUCCAAAGGCCCGUCGAAGUGAUGGCGGUAACUAUGAAUUGACCUUAACAAACGAUCUUGGACAAGUUAAGACAUCCUGUCACGUUGAAGUUCUAGACGUUCCUGGACCCCCUGAAGGGCCUUUAGAAGCAACUGAUGUGAAUGCUGAAGAAAUGACACUUAAAUGGAAGCCGCCAUUAGAUGAUGGAGGACAACCCAUUUCAAAUUAUAUUCUUGAAAAGAGAGUUAAAGGAAGCGAUAAAUGGCAGAAAGUUAGUGCUUUCUUGAAUUCACCAAAUGCAAUUGUUAAAAAUUUAGAACUUGGACAAGAAUAUGAAUUUAGAGUGAUGGCUGAAAAUGCUAUGGGUAUUAGUGAACCACUGUUGACGACAAAACCUAUUAAAGCAAAACAUCCUUAUGACCCACCUUCAGGUAUGAAGAAACCAGUUAUUGAAACUACAACAGACGACUCGGUCACUUUAUCUUGGGAACCACCAAUGAAAGGUCCAACUACUGGCUACAUUGUCGAAAAAAGACCUAAAGGUUCUAGAGAUUGGACAAAGGCAAAUACAGGCAACGUAACCGGUACUGAGUAUACGGUGAAAGGUUUACCAAAAGGAAAAGAAAUCGAAUUUCGUAUUGUACCAUACAAUUUGGCUGGUAAUGGUGAACCAAGUGAACCAACAGAAUUAGUCAAAGUUCAGUUCCCAACAACCCCACCCAAAAUAGGACGUAAUGUACCACGUGAAGUGACUGCACGUGUUGGAGAACCAUUUAAAAUCCAUGUACCGUUUACUGGAAGUCCACCAGAUAAAGUAGAAGUGACCAAGAAUGGAAUCCCUGUACCGCUUGAAGGUGGUCGUUUCAAAGUGGAAAUCACUCCUGAUGAAGUAAUUAUUACAGAUACAGAAGCAGAAAAGAACGAUGCUGGCUUGUAUAAAAUUGAUUUGGAAAAUGAGAAAGGUCGUGAUUCAGUACCUGUUGGUGUGAAGGUUGUAGGACCACCUGAACCACCGCAAGGACCGUUAGAAAUUAGUCACAUCAAAAAUAAUUCAUGUUCAUUAAGUUGGAAUCCACCUACGGACAAUGGUGGAAGUCCAAUAACACAUUAUGUUGUUGAAAAACAAAAUACAAAAACCGGUGAUUGGAGUGUAGUCAAUUCGUUUGUUCGUACACCGAAUUGUGAUAUAACUGGUUUAGAUGAAGGCAAUAUGUAUCGAUUUCGUGUACGUGCAGCUAACGAUGUAGGUGUCAGUGAACCUCUAGAUGCAGAUAGAGCAAUAGUUGCAGAAAACCCUUCAACUGUACCAGCAGCUCCUGGAAAUCUUACACCAACCGAUAUUGAUGCCAAUAAAGUAACAUUAGAGUGGACUAAACCUAAAUCAGAUGGAGGACGUCGUAUUAUAGGUUAUGUAGUUGAAUAUAAACCUGUUAAUUCGGAUGAAUGGCGAACAGCUCCAGAAGGAUUAAUCAAAGGCAAUUCCACUACUGUUGAUGGGCUUAAGAAAGGCGAAAAAUAUCAAUUUCGAGUUUGUGCAAAAAAUGAAGUUGGACUUAGUGAACCGUGUACAGCUAACAGACCAGUGGAAUGCAAGCCUAAAUUCACCACAGCUGACAGUCCUGGAACACCUACCAUUGAAGAUGUUGGAAAGAACUUUAUCGAUUUAGCUUGGUCUAGACCAGCAAAAGAUGGAGGUGCUCGUAUCACCGGUUAUUUAGUAGAGAAACGGAAAAAGUUUGCUACCGACUGGGAACCAGCUACACCAGACGGAAAGCCUGUUACAAAUAAUAAUGCUCAUAUUGAUGGUCUUGAUGACAAUGCUGAAUAUGAAUUUCGUGUGAGUGCCGUAAACGCUGCAGGAGUUGGCGAACCGAGUCAACCUACAGAAUUAACCAAAAUAUGUCCCAAAAGAGAUAAGCCACAACCACCAUCGAAUGUUGAAGCGAAAGAUAUAUUUGCUGAUAGCUGUGUAUUAACCUGGAAUCCACCUGAAUCAGAUGGCGGAUGUCCAAUCAUCGACUAUAUCGUUGAAAAAUGUGAUGCAACCACUGAAGUGUGGGAACGUGUACCAACUGUUAUCACUGGUACAAAUUGUCCAGUCAAAGGUUUAGUCGAAGGUAAACGUUAUCGCUUCCGUGUAUCUGCUGUGAAUACUAUGGGACCAAGUGAACCAGCAGAAACUAAUACAGCGAUUACAGCUAAAAAUCCAUUUGACGCACCUGAUGCACCAGAAGAUGUUAAAGUUGAAUCAUUCGAUAGUCAUGGAGUUACAUUAGCAUGGAAACCACCAGAAAAUGAUGGAGGAAAUCCAAUCCACGGUUAUUUCAUCGAGAAACGUACACCGAAUGGAGAUUGGAAACCAGCCACAACAGGAUUAGUUCAUGGAAAGGAAGCUAAACUAACAGGUUUAGAUAAAGGACAGACCUAUGAAUUUCGUGUUAGUGCAGUAAAUGACGCUGGAGCAGGACGCCCAUCGAAAGCAACAUUGCCUCAAGUUAUAAAAGAUCCUACAUACCCACCAAGUGCACCAGAUUCAGUUAAUGUGGAUAAAGUUAAUAAAAAUGGUGUGAAAUUAUCAUGGCAAAAACCACGAAAAGAUGGUGGAAGUAAAAUCACCGGAUAUCAAGUGGAAAAGAAAGAUGAAAAUGGUGAUUGGGUACCUGUGAAACAGACUACAGAACCAUGUGCAUUUAUUCCAAUGAAAGAGGGUGAGACUGCACAAUUUCGUGUACGUGCAGUGAACGAUGAAGGUCCAGGUGAACCGACUAGACCUACUGCACCAGUGACAGCUGUUGAUCAACCGGAAGCACCGAGAAUAUGUACACCUGAUGAUUGUGUUGGUGGUUUGGGUAGUGGAGUUGGUGGUCUGAAAGAUGUUAAACUGAAGGCUGGUCAAGAUUUAAAGCUUCCUGUUGCUUGGUUUGGUCAUCCAAAGCCAACAUUUAGUUGGAGUCAAAAUGAUAAACCUAUACAGAUUGAUGGUAAACGAAUAACUGAAACCAGUGGAACUCUACCACCACCUGCAAAUCCCGGACCUGGUGGACUUCUUGAAAUGUCUCCAGGCGGUACGGUAGUUUUGACAGUUGGAAAAGUUCGUCGUUCAGAUAAAGGAAAAUAUCAACUAACAAUCGCAAACGAACAAGGUCAGGCAACUACUUCUUGCGAGGUCGAAGUAAUUGACGUACCAAGUCCACCAGGUGGACCUCUUGAAGCAACAGACGUAAAGGCGGAUGAAAUAACUUUGAGAUGGAAAGCACCAGAAGACGAUGGUGGAGAACCAAUAACUAACUACGUCCUACAGAAGAGACGUAAAGGUUCAGAUAAUUGGGAAAAAGUCAGUGGAUUCUUGAAUUCACCAAAUGCAACUGUAAGGAAUCUGGAUGAGGGUACAGAAUAUGAAUUCCGUGUAAUGGCUGAAAAUGCAAUGGGUCAAAGUGAACCUUUGAUCACAAGUCAACCAAUUAAAGCUAAACAUCCAUUUGAUCCUCCAUCUGGUAUGCAAAAACCAACUGUCGAAGAUACUAAUGAUGAUUCAGUUACUUUAGCCUGGGAGCCUCCACGUAAAGGCCCUGUCACAGGAUAUAUUGUUGAGAAAAGAGCUAAGGGAGAUAAAAAUUGGUCUAAAGCCAAUGCAGCUCCCAUAUCCGGUACAGGGUAUACUGUGAAAAAUUUACCGAAAGGAAAAGAAUUUGAAUUUCGUGUUAUUCCAGUCAAUGCAGCUGGUCAAGGGGAACCAAGCGAUUCGACUAAGUUUGUUAAAGUACAGAAACCAGUUACUGUACCAAAGAUAACUAUUGAUGCACCGAAAGAAAUAAACGCUCGACUUGGUGAACCAUUUAAAAUUCGAAUUCCAUUUACCGGUGGACCACCAGAGGAAGUUGAAUUGAUAAAGGAUGGUAAACCUGUUCCAUUAGAUACAAAUCGUUUUAAACUUGAAGUGACACCAGAUGAAGUGAUUAUCACAGAUACAAAAGCAGAAAAAGAAGAUGCUGGACAGUAUAAAGUUGCUUUGAAAAAUGAAAAAGGUGAAGCCACUCAUCCACUCACUGUGAAAAUAUUAAGUCCACCCGAUACUCCUGAAGGUCCUUUAGAAGUUACUGAUAUCAGAGGUGAUUCAUGCAAAUUAACGUGGAAUCCUCCAAAGAAUAAUGGAGGUAGUCCAAUAACAAAUUAUGUUGUGGAGAAAUUAGAACCGAGAACUGGAGAAUGGGUGCCUGUUAGUAAAUUUGUUCGAACUCCAGAAUAUGAAGUCACUGGUUUAGAACCAGGCAACAAUUACAGGUUUCGUGUCCGAGCUGAGAAUGAACUUGGAACAAGUGAACCUCUGGAAACAAGCCGUUCUAUACUGGCUGAAGAACCAAGCACUGUACCAGAUGCGCCAAACAAUUUGACCGUGGCUGACGUAGAUGCUAAUACAGUCACACUGGAAUGGUCUAAGCCACGUAAUGACGGUGGUAAGCGUAUCAAUGGUUAUGUAAUUGAAUAUAAACCUCUCAGUUCAACAGAAUGGGAACAAGCUGCAGUUGUGAAAGAUUUAACUGGUACCGUCGAUGGACUGAAAAAAGGCGAGAAAUAUAUGUUCCGUGUUUCGGCUAGAAAUGAAGUAGGUGUGAGUCAACCAUGUUCAACCAAUCGUGCAGUAGAAUGUAAACCGAAACAUACUACAGCCGAUAGUCCAGGUCGACCAAAUGUCGAUGAUGUUGGCAAAAAUUCAAUUGAUUUAUCCUGGUCACGUCCAACUAAAGAUGGUGGUGCUAAAGUGACUGGUUAUAUUGUCGAGAAACGUAAAAAGAAUUCACCAGAUUGGGAACCGGCUGUAUCAGGAAAUACACCUGUUACUGGUACACAAGCUCAUAUUGAUGGCUUAGAUGAGAAUGGCGAGUAUGAAUUCCGUAUCAGACCAGUAAAUGCAGCUGGUGUUGGUGAACCAAGUGAACCGACUCCAAUGACUAGAAUUGGACCGAAAAGAGAUAAACCAGAUUCACCUGAAGAUGUUGAAGUCACUGAUCUUACAGCGGAUAGCUGUAAACUACGCUGGAAACCUCCAGCAAAAGAUGGAGGCGCACCAAUUACUGAUUAUAUUGUUGAAAAAUGUGAUGCAACAACUGGAAUCUGGGAAAAAGUUCCUGCCUUAAUUGUAGGAACAUCAUGUCCUAUUAAAGGUUUAGUUGAAGGGAAACGUUAUCGAUUCCGUGUAUCAGCUGUUAAUCCAUUAGGUCAAAGUGAACCUACUGAAUUAUUAAAUGCUGUAACAGCUAAAAAUCCUUUCGAUGCACCAGAUUCACCUGAUAAUCUAAAUAUAGAUUCAUUUGAUAAACAUUCCGUGGAUCUCUCAUGGACUCCACCAAAACAUGACGGUGGGAAUCCUAUUAAAGGAUAUCUUAUCGAAAAGCGUACACCUAAAGGUGAAUGGAAACCAGCAACAAGUGGAUUGGUUACUAAUCCUUCAGCUCAUUUAACAGGUCUUGAACCAGGUGAGACCUAUGAAUUCCGUGUAAGUGCCGUGAAUGACUCUGGUCCAGGGCGCCCAUCAAGAGCUACAGCUCCUCAUGUUAUGAAAGAACCAAGCUAUCCUGCAGCAGCACCUGAGUCACUGAAUGUGGAUAAAGUUAAUAAAAAUGGUGUGAAAUUAUCAUGGCAGAAACCACGAAAAGAUGGUGGAAGUAAAAUCACCGGAUAUCAAGUGGAAAAGAAAGAUGAAAAUGGUGAUUGGGUACCUGUGAAACAGACUACAGAACCAUGUGCAUUUAUUCCAAUGAAAGAGGGUGAGACUGCACAAUUUCGUGUACGUGCAGUGAACGAUGAAGGUCCAGGUGAACCGACUAGACCUACUGCACCAGUGACAGCUGUUGACCAACCGGAAGCACCGAGAAUAUGUACACCUGAUGAUUGUGUUGGUGGUUUGGGUAGUGGAGUUGGUGGUCUGAAAGAUGUUAGUGUAAAGGCUGGACAAGAAUUGAAAUUGCCAGUAGCUUGGUUUGGUCAUCCAAAACCUACAUUUACUUGGACUUUAAAUGGUGAACCUGUGAAGAUUGAUGGAGUUCGACAUUUGGAACUUUCACCAGGUGGUGUUGUUUUACUUGCUAUCCCUAAUGUGAAACGAUCUGAUCAUGGAAGGUAUCAGCUGACGGUGAUGAAUGAUUUGGGUCAAGCAAGUACUUCAUGUCAAGUAGAAGUUUUAGAUGUUCCAUCUACACCUGGCGGACCUCUUGAAGCCACCGACGUCAGUGCAAAUGAAAUAACUUUGUCUUGGAAGCCACCUGCAGAUGAUGGCGGACAGCCUAUCACUAAUUAUAAACUUGAGAAACGUCCAAAAGGUUCAGAUAGUUGGCAGACAGUCAGUGGAUUUUUAAAAUCUCCUAAUGCAACGGUUAGAAAUCUUGAAGAAGGUACAGAAUAUGAAUUUAGAGUUAUGGCUGAAAAUCCAUCGGGACUCAGUGAACCACUAAUGACAAGUUCACCAAUAAAAGCUAGGCAUCCAUUCGAUCCACCUUCUGGAAUAUCACAACCAACAGUUGAGAAUGUCACGGACGAUUCUGUGACAUUAUCAUGGGAACCGCCUCGCAAGGGUCCGAUUACUGGUUAUACAAUAGAAAAGCGUGGUAAAGGAGAUCGUGCUUGGACAAAGGUGAAUGUACAUCCAUUGUCAACAACUGAAUAUACUGUAAGAGGUUUACCACAGGGUAAAGAAUUUGAAUUUCGUGUUGUUCCAUUCAAUGCUGCUGGUGCAGGUGAACCUAGUGAACCGACAAGUUACGUCAAGAUUCAGAGGCCUAAAGCUGCUCCCAAGAUCAGUCCUGAUGCACCGAAACAAGUAAAUGUUACGAAAGGUGAACCGUUUAAAAUUCGUAUCCCAUACACCGGAAGUCCACCAGAUAUUGUAGAAGCUACUAAAGACGGUGUACCAGUUACUUUAGAUGAUGGCCGAUUCGUCGUAACUAUUACACCGGACGAGGUCAUUAUUGUUGGGAAGAAAGGUGAUAAACAAGACGAAGGACCGUAUAAAAUUACAUUGAAAAAUGAUAAAGGUCAAGAUAGUUUACCGAUAAAGAUCAAUGUUCUUGGACCACCUGAUAGUCCACAAGGACCACUUGAGGUGAAAAAUAUUAAGUCAGAUUCAUGUACACUUAGCUGGAAGCCACCAAAGGAGACCCUUGGUUGUCCAGUAACACAUUAUGUGGUCGAGAAACAAGAUCAAAGUACUGGUGAAUGGACACCAGUUAGCAAAUUUGUACGCGGUACAGAAUAUGAUGUACUUGGUUUAGAUGAGGGCAAGAAACAUAAAUUUCGUGUUCGAGCUGCAAAUGAAUUUGGUCUUAGUGAACCACUUGAAUUAGAUCAUACAAUUACAACGGAGAAUCCAUCAACUACACCUGGCGCACCAGGAAAUGUUGAAGUAGCCGAUGUUGAUGCAAACUCAGUCACAUUAGAAUGGUCAAAGCCAAGAUCGGAUGGUGGUAGUAAAAUAAAUGGUUAUGUAAUCGAGUAUAGACCAGUGAAUGGUGGCAGUUGGGAAAAAGCACCAACAGGACCCAUUAGAGGAAAUAGUGGAACAGUGACUGGUCUUUCCCCCGGUGAAAAAUAUGUAUUUCGUGUUCUUGCUAAAAAUGAUAUUGGCACUAGUGAACCAAGUUCAUCAACACGUCCUAUUGAAUGCAAACCAAAAUAUGUACCAGCAGGUAGUCCUAGUGAACCGAACGUCGAUGGAGUUGGCAAGAAUUGGAUUGAUUUAUCAUGGUCAAGACCAAACAAUGAUGGCGGUGCUAGAAUUACUGGAUAUGUUGUUGAAAAACGCAAAAAAGACUCUCCAGAUUGGGAGGUAGCGACAUCAGAUGGUAAACCUAUCAGUAGUAACUACGUACACCUUGAUAAUCUUAACGAAGGAGAUAUGUAUCAAUUCCGUGUCAAAGCAAUUACUGCUGCUGGACCAGGUGAACCAAGUAAUCCAACUCCUAUUAUCAGAAUUGAAGAGAAGAAACCUACUGCAACACCUGAUUUUGUGACGAAAAUUCGUCCUACAACUGCUCCGAUUGGAGGAAGAGCUGCAUUCGAAGUACAAGUUGAUGGUCAACCACUUCCUUCGGUACGCUGGUUCAGAGAUGGUAUAGAACUUUUACCAGGUAACCGUGUUAAGAUUAAUCCACCUGGUCCUGAUGGAAAAGCGAGCAUUGAAAUACAAGAUCUUGAUGAAAAAGACAGUGGGACUAUAACAUGUCAAGUAUCAAAUCCUUCUGGUAAAAAUUCAUGUUCAGCUCCAUUUGAAGUAUUGGGAAUACCCAAGAUCCUGGGUAAUAUUGAUGACAAAGUGGCUUCAGAAGGUGAUCUUGUCAAAAUCAAAGUUCCUUACUCCGGUCGGGGAUCGAUCACAUUGAAAUUAAAAUGUAAUGGUCGUGAAUUACCAGAAUCUGAUCGAGUUAAAUUGAUGGAUUUAGAUGGAACAGCAUCUGUUCAACUAAAAGAUGUAACAAGAAAUAUGGGCGGAUACUAUACUUUAGAAAUUGGAAAUGAAAGUGGUUUCAGUUCAGUACCAUUCAAUUUAAAAAUAACAUCUCCUCCAGGAGAAUGCCAGGGUCCGAUUGCUAUUUCGGAUACAACACCUUUCAGUACGCGAUUAUCAUGGAAACCUCCAAAGGAUGAUGGGGGAUCUAAAAUUACUCACUAUAUAAUCGAGCGUCAAGAGGUUGGUAAAGAUCGUUGGGUUCCUGUAUCAUCUAGUAGUAAGGAACCGAGUUUUGAAGUACAAGGUCUUCAGGAAAAUGCACAUUAUUUGUUCCGUGUAGCUGCUGUAAAUGAUUGUGGUCAAGGAGAAUGGUUACAAGUUCCUAAUGAAGUAAUUGCCAAGUAUCCAUUCGAUAAACCUGGAAAGCCAGGCGAUUUAACUGCUAAUGAAGUUGGAGGAGAUUUUGUUAAUCUAACAUGGACUAGACCUUCCACAGAUGGUGGUGGUCGUAUACGUGGUUAUGUUAUAGAAAAACGUGAAGUUGGUGCACAGAAUUGGUCACGUGUUACUCCAAACCCUAUACUUACACUCAGUUACAAUGUGCCAAAUUUAAUUGAAGAUAAAACCUAUGAAUUUCGUGUUAUGGCUGUUAAUGAUGCUGGUGAAAGUGAACCAACUUCAAUAGAUCGACCUGUGUGUGUUAAAGAUCCCAAAGCUGUUUCACGACCAACUUUCGUUAGCGGUCUUAAAGCACAAACUGCAAAAGAGGGUGCAGAUGCUGUAUUUGAAAUUGAAGUGGACUGUCCAUCGAACUACGAUGUAAUAUGGUCGAAAGGUCCUCGAGAUCUUGUCGAGUCCCAUCGUAUUGAAAUGACCAAAGAAGGACGAUUUCACUAUUUAACAAUUCGUAACUGUGGCCUCGAAGAUGCUGACGAGUACAGCAUAAAAGUUUCAAAUCGAGGCGGUUCCAAGGUUAGCCGAGCACCACUCUCUGUCAAAUCUAAACCACAAAUACAUUUACCAAGUCGUUGGCAAGAGCCUACUGAAUGGGAACGUGGGGAUUCUAUUGUAAUUAAAGUACCAUAUACAGGAUUUCCUAAACCCAAAGCUAAAUGGACAUUAAAUGGUAAAGAUAUAAGAGAGGGAAAAAAUGUCAGUACUGUGCUAAAAGAUCGUCAUGCUAUAAUUACCUUGGAGAAUGUAGGCGAAGAAUUUUCUGGAAAAUUAAAUAUAACAUUGGAAAACGAAAUGGGAUCAGAUUCGGCAGAUAUCGAAUUAAGAAUAAACGACAGACCGCCACCACCAGUGAAUUUGAAAGUAGAAGGCGUAGCUGAUGGAUCAGCACUUUUAUCUUGGAGUAUGCCUGCAGAAACUGGAUAUAUUUCUCAGUAUAUCAUUGAACGAUGUGAAAUGCCUGGCGAUACUUGGAUUAGAGCAGGUACAAAUCGUUUCUCAACAUAUAAUUGUGAAGGACUUGUCAAUGGUAAAGAAUAUCGAUUCCGUGUAAUGGCAGAAAAUUUGCAUGGUCGUAGUGAUCCAUGUCAACCGACUGAAAGUCACUUGAUUGCUGCAGAUACUCGUCAGCGUGGUGCUCGUCGUGAACGCGAAGACGGUCGUAGUGAUUAUACUGGACCUCCAAUUGAAAAUUAUGAUAGAUUUUAUCGAAACAUUUGGGACAAACAAACACCAUUUCCAACUCAAGUUCAUAAAGGUGAAAGUGUAUAUGACUAUUAUGACAUCAUGGAAGAACUUGGGAUUGGUACAUUUGGUGCUGUUCAUCGAUGUCAAGAAAAGACAACCGGUAAUUCGUAUGCGUGUAAAUUUGUCAACACUGAUUCACCACAGGAUAAACAUGUCGUUCUAAAUGAAAUUGAAGUUAUGAAAGAGCUACAUCAUCCAAAAUUGCUUAAUUUACAUGAAGCAUUCGAUGAUAAGAAUGACGUAGCGAUGGUUAUGGAAUUACUUACCGGUGGUGAACUGUUUGACCGAUUAGCCGAUGAAAGUUUCACAAUGUCCGAAGCUGAUGCUAUUAAUUAUAUUCGACAAGUAUGCGAAGGUAUACAACAUAUGCAUGAUAUGAAUAUUAUUCAUCUGGACUUAAAACCGGAAGAUUUAAUGUUUGAAACAUCGAAAUCAAAAAAUCUAAAAAUCAUAGACUUCAGUUUAUCAAAGAAAUUAGAUCCGAAAACACCAGUUAAAGUUAGUCUAUCACAACCAGAAUUUGCUGCACCAGAAAUUACACGUUCUGAACCAGUUGGCUUUUAUACAGAUAUGUGGGCGAUCGGAAUUUUGACUUAUAUGAUUUUAAGCGGUUUAUCACCCUUUAAAGGAAGUACUCCAGCUGAAACAAUCGACAAAAUUGGAAGAGGACAAUUCACAUUCGAUCAUGAUGCAUUCAAUGGAAUUUCAGCUAAUGGUAAAGAUUUCAUCAGCAAGCUGUUACAAAAACAACCAAACCAGCGUAUGACUAUUUAUGAAGCUUUAAGACAUCCUUGGCUUAACGAAGCAAUUACAGAUGAACAGCGUCGACGUAUUCCACCUUCACGUUAUAAAGAAUGCCAAAGACAAAUGCAUGAACGAAUGGGAGAUAUAUGGGAAAGAAGCCCUGCUAUUGGCCAUUUAGCGAAUUAUUCAUCAAUACGUCAGAAUAGACGAGACAAAUAUCAAAUACAAGAAACAAACUUUGAUCGUAGGGAGGCUGGUCCACGUUUUGUAAAAUGGCCAAGUAAUCAAUUAGUAAUGGAAGGUGAAAAUGCUCAGUUUAACUGUCGUGUCAUGGCACUUUCCGAGCCAAUUGUCACAUGGCAUUUCGGGGACGUCCAACUGUCUCAAAGUGUAAAACAUAUGCAACGCUAUGCUGGACACGAUUAUUCCCUAAAAAUAAAUCGAGUACGUGCAGAGGAUGCAGGACAUUAUACUGUUCGUGCUGAAAAUAGUUUUGGAAGACGUGAAUUCCCCGUUUUAUUGACAGUGCAACCAAUUCAGGAAAUCAAAAUUGAGCCAUUGCCACCAGCAUCACGGAAGAAAAUUGAACUAGAACCCGUCGAAAUGUUCCACGAAGAAGAGACAGCACCACGUUUUGCUUUCCAUCUACGAAAUCGUUAUAUCCAAGAAGGUGGGAGUGUGAAACUAACAUGCUCUGUAGACGGUUGUCCUACUCCAGUAAUCACAUGGUACAAAAAUGGUAAAGAAUUAAGGAAAGGUGAAGGAAAUUACGAAAUUCAACAAAUGCUUGGCAUCACUUCACUUGAAAUAUAUUCCUGUUCAGAAAGCGAUUCUGGACGAUAUUCCUGUCGUGCGACGAAUAGUCGUGGUGAAGAUGAAACCGAGUGUAAAGUUAUUGUUGAAGGUGAGUGCAACUAG